ACUACAUCUGGAAGUUAUUUGGAACAAGAGAGGGAGGUAAAUAGCUGACAGAAAAGAUAGAAAGACAAAGACAACCGGGAAUUAGCAAUUAAGGUUGCGGGAACAAACUAACAAGCAAAUAAAUAUUUUGACGUUGUUUGUGUUACCUUUAAAAAAAGAAACUGGGUUUUUUUGUAAUGCCAUAAGUAAUCCUAGAGAGAAAUGUAAGAGUCUGAAGGAAUUAAACAAAAAAAGAAAGAAAGAAAAGCUUGAGAAGAAUUUUGUGCUCCUGGAAACUACAAAACCAACAUUUCAAGUUCAUCACUUCACAGAAGCCUUUAAGGUUUUUUUUUUUACUUAUGAAGAGUUAUUAACACCCUGAAGAACUGAAGGAAUCACGUCUGCGAUGGAAAAUUCAGUCAAUGAAUAAAUAAAGCAAGAUCUCAUGAACUUCAUCAGUACGAAACUACAAAAAGACAAUACGGGAAGCUUUGGAUUCAGGACACAGUGAAAACUCAACUCUUUUUCUGGAAACCUUUCUAUUGCCUGUCAGUCACUUUUUUCUGUCUCCACCUAAAUAAAGAAUGUCUGGGUCACGAGGUUGCCUCUGCUGUGUGAAGUACCUCAUGUUUAUCUUCAACCUCAUCUUUUGGUUGGGAGGAUGUGGUCUAUUUGGUGUUGGGGUGUGGCUCGCCUUCACACAGUCAGAGUUUUCAUCUCUACCGCUGUCCUUCCCUUCACUCUCCGCGGCCAACCUGCUGCUUGUUGCUGGGGGCGUCACCAUGGUAACAGGGUUUCUCGGAUGUCUUGGUGCUCUAAAAGAGCAGAAGUGUCUAUUGAUGACGUUUUUUGUGAUCCUCCUGUUUCUAGUCAUGAUAGAAGUGACGCUGAUUGUGGUUUUGAGUGUGUAUCAUGAAGAGUUAGACAAAAAGGCUAAGGAUGACCUAAGAGAGGGAAUGAAUGACUAUAAAAGAAAUGAAGGGCUGAAAAAUUCCUGGGACAACAUGCAGAAGAUUUUCAAGUGCUGUGGCGUGAGCAACCACACUGACUGGCACAAUAAAACAGCCAAUGGCAAACUUCCUGAGUCUUGCUGCAGGGAUAACGGUGUAGAAUGCCAUCACUGGGAAGAGCCGUGCUAUGAGAAGGCCAAGGACUGGCUUCUGGCUAACAUCACCUCAGUGCUUGGGUUUGGAGUUUGUAUUGGAAUCGUUCAGAUUCUUGCUUUGUUGUUCUCCAUGCUGAUGUACUGCCAAAUCCUACGAGCAGAAAAAUACAUGGACUGACCCUUCCUUCGCCCCAUUCUGAAUAUGUAACGAACAUUUAAAUGGACUUGUCUAUUAGCGAUACUGGAUGUGAUAUGCAUGUGCACAUAGAUUACAGUGCUGCUACACUUAGGAAGAAGCUCUGUUGAAUCUCAGCUAAAUUGAUUUAUCAGAUAAAAGGCUAAAAGAAUAAAUGAAUAUAAAGUGAAUGUAUACAGUAGGUGGAAAAAGUAAAUCCAAGUAUUAUUGCACUCUUUGUUAAAUAACUGCUUGCAAUGAACAUGCAAUCGAUGUGAAUUUCCUACAAAUGGAAAUCAAAUGUUUAAGAGUUGAUUUGUUAUACUAAACCAACGGUCUGUACUAUAUUAACGUCUAUUAAGAUCAUUACAAAUAAAAAAAAAGAAUGCAAUACAACAGUAGAUGAUUGUCAUCAUGUAUUUCGGUAUAAAAUGGCACAUAAAAAUUUGUAAAACAUCCAAAAUACAAAAGAAUAAAUACAUCUUUCUAAUCAA